UAAAACUCUAACAAAGAGCACUGAAAAAGGGGUGUGGCAGGAGCCGUGCAAGGAAGAUAACAAUGGCGACGGAGCUGGAAGAACUUGUGAGCUUUCUGUCUUGUCCAUCGCCACCGAUUACAAAGGCUGCUGUUGAUAUAGUUCGCGGAUUAACUGGUUCCGUGGAGGGCUUGAAGUCUCUCUCCAAUUACGCAAACUCUGUGCUUCCUGCGUUAUCGAGACUCUUAACGGCUCCCAAGGAAGUUUCGGAAGCUGCUGCUGAAGCUCUAGUAAAUCUCUCGCAAGAUUCGAAUCUCGCGGCUGAGAUGGUUCGGAUGGGAAUGGUUAAAACGGCAAUGGAUGUCUUGUACAAGCAAGAUUGUAGCAUUACUCGUUUGCUUGUUAUGCUUUUGGUUAAUCUCACUCAACUCGAUGCUGGUACUGCUUCCUUGCUUCAGACUGAAGAAGACAAGGUGCAUGGAUUAUAUGUUAUGAAGCUUGUCAGAUCGUUUUGUAGAACCACCCAUGAAACUAAUGAUGAUCCUUUUGAACAUGUUGGUUCAAUACUUGUUAACAUCUCAAAGCAGCGGGCAGGGAGGGAGCUUCUACUUGACCCUAAACGGGGUCUCUUAAAGCAAAUAAUCAGACAGUUUGAUUCUAACAGUUCAUUGAGAAAGAAAGGGGUCUCUGGAACUAUUCGCAACUGUUGCUUUGAAGCUGAGAGUCAGCUACAAAAUCUGCUUUUGGUAUCCGAGUUUCUCUGGCCUGCAUUACUUCUUCCAGUAGCUGGAAACAAGAUCUACAGUGAACAAGACAGAUUGAAAAUGCCACUUGAACUUGGGACUGCACUUUCGAUUGAACGUGAACCAGUUAAUGAUCCAGAAAUUCGUAUUCAAGCAUUGGAAGCCAUAUACUUGAUCUCAUUGCAGGAGGCAGGUCGAAGAGCCUUUUGGUCUGUAAAUGGACCUAGAAUAGUACAAAUCGGUUAUGAAGAUGAGGAAGAUCCAAAAGUAAUGGCUGCAUAUGAGCAACUGGGGUCCUUGUUGAUUCACAGCGGCAGUACGGAGGAACCAUCCAGCGAGACCACAAAAUAGUUACUUCGUAUUUGUUCAAUUGACCCCGCUUUAUCUCCAUAAGAACUCUGAAGUACUUGUGAAGGUCAUUCCAAGUCGAAAGUUUUACUUUGAGUUAGAAUUACCAUUUUUAGAAAUAUGUAAAUUACGUGGCUUAGAAUAGCUGGUCAAAAUUGUUAUACAUGCUGCUGAAUGAGUCAAAGAUGCACUAUUGAUGAUGAUGCGUAAGUUCGGUUUGCACCUCCAGUUUCUGUAUUUGGACUUCUAAACUGCAGGUUACACUUUAAAAAGAUAAACUGCUAGUGGUAAUUAUGAUGAGACGAGAAAAUCUUUACAAGAAUCACUUUGGAGGAUCUAAAUCCUGAUUUUGAUGUAACCCGUCUCUUCUGGAUUAUUGUUAAUCAUUCAUUGGCUGGGUAAUGCUUCUGAUGAUUUA